AUGGCGAGUUCAUUUUCAUUCGUCGACGAUCUAAUCCGUGAUUAUCUUAAUUAUCGUGGUCUUACAAGCACGUUAAGAACAUUCGAUAAUGAAAUCGGCAAAAUUCCAAUUGGACAAUUUCGUGCUGAUCGUAUAAUUGAACAAUUAACAAUUUAUAUUCAUCAAUUUGAUAUAAAUAAUUUAAUUGAUUAUUGGACACAACUAGAGCAACGUCUUUUAUCAACAUUAAUCAUUCGUUCUCAACAUCAAACAAAUGUUUUAACAAAAACUCGUACAAAUUUAUAUCGUUGCUAUUUAAUUCAUGCGAUUCAAUCAUCGAAAACAGAUAAAAUCAAUGAAUUUUUCGAUCGAUUAGCAAAAACUUUACAACAAUCAAAUGAAUGGACUAAGGAAUGGUUUGCAUUACCAUUUAUAAAAAAUCCGGAAGAAAAUCCGACAUUCCAAUUAUAUUUUUCAAAACAAUGGAAUGAUCUUUUUUGGAUCUCAUUACAAAAUUUUCUAUCAACUGCUUUCUACCAUAUGAUACCACCGAAGAUCUGUUCAAUGGAAGAGAACAAUUCGCAGCAAUACGGCAAUUUAAUUAGUCAACAAACAACAAAUUUGAAAUCAUUACUUCCACCUUCAGCUCGUAUUGAUCCAUCGGUGACACCAUUUGCUGAAGUUCUUGAUGAAAUUCAAAUAUCACCAAGUACAUCUGGAACUGAACAGCAACGUCAAACAAAUCCAACUAUAAUAUCAAAAUUUCGAAGUAAUUUUUUACCAAAUACAAAACAAUUAACAUCACGAACUAAAUUAUCUUUAUUGGGAGCAACAUCAAAACUAAGCGUUUCUCAACCAUCGUCUGAGUCUACAACAGGCAAUCAAAUUUUACUAUCUACCGAUGAUACAACAAUACCACGUAUACCAUUAUCACCUAUGGCGACAUCACCCGUAACGCCAACACGACCUAAAGCAGCAACUCUUGUUCAAGAUGAUGCUAAUAUCGAUGUUAAUGAAGAAAAAUUAAUUCAUCUCGCAGAAUUAAAACAUCAUUCAAGUACAAUUAUUGAUUGUAAAUUAAAUAUGGAUGGUACACUUUAUUCUACACUUGACAUUCAAAGUCAAGUUAAAAUCUGGUCUACAAUCGAAGAAUUCGACAUAGUAACCUCAUUGAUUUCACGUUCAGCUUCAUUUCAAUGUCAAGCAUUUAAUAUUCAUGAACCAUUACUUUAUCUGGGCACUUCAAUGUCUACUAUAAAAAUUUUACAUACAACAGAAAAACGUAUUAUAAACGAAGCUAUUGUUGAUAAAGAUUAUCCAAGAGUUAUGAAUAUCUAUCCACAUCCCAACCUAAUUAAAAUAAAUUCCUAUCACAAUUUAGAUCGUCUUUUUGUAUCAUCGGCAAGUCCAAGUCGUUUGAAUACAACAGACAAUAUUCGUGUACGUUCUGGUCGUGUGUCGAUUGUUGAUUUAAAUACAUGGUCUAUAGAACGUGUACUCACUGACAAUGAUGAUAAUUUUGUUACAUGUAUGGCUGUACAUUCCGAACGAGAAUUAUUUAUUUUAGGUUUUAAUGAUGGAAAAUUAGCUUUAUAUGAUGUUCGGUCGAAUACUCUCGUUCAUCAAAAGCAACAGCAUUCACGUAUGAUUCAAGAUAUUCGUAUUCUCGGUGAUAAUCUAUAUUCAAUUGGAAACGAUAAUAUAAUUAUUCAGUCAAAUUUAUCUUCAUUUGAUCAAUCCAUUCAAUCAUAUGAAUUGCCUUAUUCAGCGGUUGGACCUUUCCCAACCAGUGUCUCGACAUAUUCAAAUGAUAAUAGUUCACCAUCACUUCAACGGACUUUAACAUCAUUAAGUAAUGCUAAUUACUUUCCUAUUGGUACCUAUUGUCCAACGAACGGACGUUUUUAUCGUUUGUCAAUAAGUGAUGAAGAUACAAAACUUCAAUUUCCGUCGAACGUAAAUUCUUCCGUUCAAAAUUCGGAAAAAUCUUUUCCAACUUUAUGUGUCAAUUGGAAUAAAGAACGCGAUGUGUGUAUGACAGCAAAUACAAAUGGAACAAUUCAAUUAUAUAGACGAAUAAAUAAACCUGAUGUGUAA